CGCCGCCCCGCCGGAAGUGCUCCUCUGACCCGCCGCGCCGCGCGGCGCCGCGGGAAGAUGGCGCAGGAGGCCGGGGAGAUGGAAGAUGGGCAGCUUUCCGAUUCGGAUUCCGACAUGACGGUCACGCCUAGCGACACUCCGCUGCAGGUGCUGAAAACACUAGGUGGGGACAGUGCAGCGAGGUCCUUCCAGGGUACGACAGCAGCGUGUGCACCGGUAUCACAUUAUCGGGCUGUUAAAGGUGUGGAUUCAAGUGAAGAGAGUUUUUCCGAUUCAGAUGAUGAUAGCUCUCUUUGGAAACGCAAGCGGCAGAAAUGUUUUAACCCCGCUCCCAAACCAGAGCCUUUUCAGUUUGGCCAGAGCAGCCAGAAAUUGCCUCUUGCUGGAGGGAAGAAGGUUAACAACAUAUGGGGUGCGGUGCUACAGGAACAGAAUCAAGAUGCUGUGGCCUCUGAACUUGGUAUCUUGGAAAUGGAAGGCACUAUUGACAAAAGCAGACAAUCCGAGACCUACAAUUAUUUGCUUGCUAAGAAACUUAAGAGAGAAUCUGAAGAACAUACGAAAGAAUUAGACAAAGAGCUCGAUGAAUAUAUGCAUGGUGGCAAGAAAACCUGCCCAAAGGAAGAGGAAAAUGGGCAAGGUCAUCUGAAACGGAAACGACCUGUCAAAGACAGACUAGGGGACAGACUAGAAAUGAACUAUAAAGGCCGGUAUGAAAUCACAGAGGAUGAUUCUCAGGAGAAAGUGGCUGAUGAAAUUUCUUUCAGGUUGCAGGAACCAAAGAAAGAUCUGAUAGCCCGAGUAGUCAGUAUAAUUGGGAACAAAAAGGCAAUUGAACUUCUGAUGGAAACUGCUGAAGUUGAACAAAAUGGUGGCCUGUUUAUAAUGAAUGGUAGUCGAAGAAGAACACCAGGUGGAGUUUUCCUGAAUCUCCUGAAAAACACUCCUAGUAUCAGUGAGGAACAAAUUAAGGACAUUUUCUACAUUGAAAAUCAAAAGGAAUAUGAAAAUAAAAAAGCUGCUAGGAAGAGGAGAACACAAGUGUUGGGAAAAAAGAUGAAACAAGCUAUUAAAAGUCUAAAUUUUCAAGAAGAUGAUGAUACAUCACGAGAAACUUUUGCAAGUGACACAAAUGAGGCCCUGGCCUCUCUUGAUGAAUCACAGGAAGGACAUGGAGAGACAAAGCUUGAUGCAGAUGAAGCCAUUGAGGUUGAUCAUUCUCAUGAUUUGGACAUUUUUUAGUACAUUUUGAGGAAUAAGCCUUUCUAAAAUAACAUUGUAAUAAACCAUUUCUACUGAGAUUACUUCGUUUUACUUUGCACUGAUAAACAUGGAAAUUUGGAAAGAACUUGUUUUAAAUAAAACUGAAUAUGUAGGGA